AUGUCCAGUUCUGCCUUCACUUGUAGGUCCACCUUGGAAACAGGAAACAUCUGGGAGAUGAAGGCACUGGACUCUUCCAGACUCAUUCCAUGGCUACCCAGAAGCCUUGGGUCACCCACCCAACAUCCCAACAAAUCCCACUGUGCACCAGCAUUAUGCCAGGGUCCAGGUGUUCUGCCAGGAGCAGCCUCUGCCCUCCUAGAACUGACAUUGCAUGGGGAUGUGCGACAAAGUAAGACCUGUCAGAGAUAUUUACAAACAGCCAUCCUUGACAUUGCUGCAUCCCAAAUAAAUCUGGGAAGACCUUCUUCACCUCUAGCUCUCCUGAUACAGCAAGGCAGUUGUGAGCAAGUUAUUCAUAACUCCAUACCUCAAUGUCCUGAUCUGGAAGAUGAGGAUAAUGAGAGGACCUGUGCCACAGGAUGGUUGUGGAGGCUAUAUGACGAUAUAGGUGCUGAGCCCAGCAGCACAGCGUGCAGCCACUCAAACCAACUGACAUUUAUUGAGGGCUGCUUUGUCAGGUCCCUCUCUACUGUAUACUCCAACACACACAUACACGCACAGCUGUAA